AUGCUUAAACGUAUUCGAAUGGAAACAGAAUCAGCUGAAAUAUCAGAAACAAAAAAUUCUGAAGGAAGACGACAUAAGUUACAAAUGGAUAUAAAUAUGUGUCGACAAAAAUUACAAGAACAACAACAACGAAAUAAAAAAACAGAAUCUGAUUUACGUAAAGAGAAAUGGCGUCAAGAAACAGGACUUGAAACAUGGUUAACAAAAUAUGAUAAUGAAAUGCGUCAAAAACAGGAUGAAUAUGAUGAAAUUGAAACUGCAUACACGGAAGAAAAACGUUUACUUAUAGAGCUUGAAGAACGUUUUGAAAAAUUAAAAGAAGAAUAUGAUAAGAUUAUGGCUGAACGUAAAGCUGAAGAAGAACGAUUGGCCAUGGAGAAGGCAUUGCGUGAACGACGUUGGCAAGCAGCUGGACAUAUUCAACGCUUUUGGCAAGGUUAUAAAGUUCGAAAGGGUCUCAAAGCCAAAAAGAAAAAGAAAGGCAAGAAAAGUGGCAAAAGCAAAAAAUGA